ACGGACCGGUUUCCUUUACCCACAAACCCCUGCCCUCGGUCCGUCCUUUCGACUUCCGCCUCUACUUCUAGCCGAUAUGGCACCAACCAAGAAAGGAGAGAAAAAGAAGGGGCGCUCAGCCAUCAAUGAGGUGGUGACCAGAGAGUACACCAUCAACGUCCAUAAGCGUAUCCAUGGAAUUGGUUUCAAGAAGAGGGCUCCCCGCGCCAUCAAGGAGAUCCGCAAAUUCGCCGUGAAGGAGAUGGGAACUCCUGAUGUUCGCAUCGACACACGCCUCAACAAGGCAGUGUGGAGCAAGGGUAUCAGGAAUGUGCCGUACAGAAUCCGUGUGCGUCUCUCCAGGAAGCGUAACGAGGACGAGGACUCUCCCAACAAACUGUACACGCUGGUCACAUACGUUCCUGUUACCACAUGCAAAGGUCUGCAGACAGUCAAUGUUGAUGAAAACUAAAUCUGCCAGUAGAAGAAUAAAAAAUGGAAUAAAAAACGA